AUGCGGUGUGGACGAUGCACCAGCGUUCUGCUGCUGCCCAACAAGGCCACCCUCUGCCACCGCCCCAUAACGUUGCACAAGUCGCGCGGCGGGGAGAACGCCGAGCAGGAGACGCUCGAUUGGCACUGGGAGGUGGCCACCAUGUGGGAGUUUGAAAACAUGGGCUUCAGCAACACCCUCAGCCUUGGCCGGCCAGCCAAGUACCUCACCUGCGCCGACUGCGAGCAGGACGUGCUGGGGGUGCACUUCCUGGACGAGACCAAGCUCUACGUGGCCGCCUCCCGGGUGGACUACUCCACAUGA